UCAGAAAUCCUAUUGAAUUAGGGAAUAUGGCACAAAAUAUCCAAAGCUAUGUACCAGGCAUUAGAGAGCUGAAGCUUGAAGAGCCAAUGGAUGCAUCCUUAACACCUGGAAAUCAUACGGAGAGUGCUGCACAAAAUACUGCAAAUGCAGAGGUUGAAGGCUUUUUGAAAAGUGUUCUGGAGGACUUUGCGGCAUCAUAUUCAUAUUUUAGAGGUUUUGUGAAAGGAAGACAGCAACUUGAAGAUGCCAUCAAUGGGUUCAAAACAAUCUCAAAUUUGGAUUUUGUAAUCCGAGAGGCCCAACCAUCCCCACUCAAUGAUGGAGCUCCAUCACCACGUAAUCAACUUAGCUUAUUAUUUCCUAAACCAUGUAGUCAUUUCAAAUGUUUCAUGUUGGGCCUAUAACACUGAAAAGCUUCUUAUUGUACAACAUCUUGAAUUGAACUAUUGAACGUUUAUUGAACUAUUUUCAAAUAAUAUCUGAAUUAAGGAAGGAUCGUGCUGUCUUUAUUAAAGAUAUCGAAGGUUAUGGCAACCUAGUAUUUUUG